ACCGGAGGGGGUUUCUGGAAGGUUCUGGGCGCCCUUCAGUCGCUGCUGCGCGGCGGGAGCGAGCGGUCGUGGGGAGGGCUGCGUCCUGUCGGCGUCGGUGUCGCGGCUCGUUAGCUGAGCGGAGGAGCCUCUGCGGUCGCUAUGGGGGUGACUCACGAAGCGGGGCUGUCUCCUCAGGCAUCCCCACAGGAGCAGGACCCGUGCGCAGGAGGAGCGGCUGGAGCGGCUGGCUGGAGCCAGAGUGCUCAGGCGUCUCAUGGAAACCAGCCCCGGGGGUGUCCCGAUGCUCCUAGCGGAACAGAAACUGGGUACUGCCGAGCAGCGGUAAAACCAGAGCCAGCCCCUGAGAGCAGCCGCCUGGAGAAGGCGGUGGGGCGGAAAACCGAGGCCAUGACAGGCUUCAUGGAUGACUUAAGCCUCGACUCGCCCAGGAAGAGAGAGUCCUCGCUGCGGUCCAGGAGGAGCUGUGACAGGUCCUCCACCAGGUCGUCCAGCAGAUCCUCUUGCAGUUCGCGCUCCAGCUCAAGCAGCUCCUCCUCGGCUUCCUCCGGCAGCUGGAGCCGCUCCCGGUCGCGGUCCCGGUCCCGGCGGAACGGCUCGCGGCGCUCCCGCAGGCACUCGCGCUCCUACUCGCGCAGCCGCUCGCGCUCCCGCGGCUACCCGAGGUACCGGAGCCGCUACCACGCCAGGCACUACCGCCGGUACCGCCGCUCGCCGCCGCGCUACCGCUCGCGCAGCAGGUCCUGGUCUCGGGGAAGAUCUUACUACAGAAGGUCCUACUCGAGGAGCAGGUCCCGGUCCAGAGGCCGCCGGUACUACGGCUUUGGGCGAACCAUCUACCGAGAGGCUUACAGGAGCUGGAGGAGCAGGUCAAGAACAAGAUCUCGGAGCAGGUCACCUCUGCACUUGAGCGAGAAAGACAAGAGGGAACUCCUGGAAAUUGCAAAAGCUAAUGCUGCCAAAGCUCUGGGAACAGACAACAUUGUCUUGCCAGCAAGCUUGAAGAUCCUUCCUGCUUCCAAAGAGACAAAACCUGAGAAGCCAGGGCAGGAAGAUGCUGGCGACUCAGCUGAGCAGUCCAGAAGACCUGAAGAAGACACGGCCAAGAGUGGGAUGGAGAGAGCAGCCAUACAGAGGAGCAUUUCUUUCAGCCCUAAUAACACAAUGGCAAAGCCAGUGCUGCAGAAACCAGCCAGCAGUGUUGCUAAAGAGCCAGCAGUUCCUGUGGCCAAAGAAGAAGACAGGAAGGGGGGAAGUCCUUAUGGGCAGUGGGUUCCUGUCAAGAAAGAGGAGAAGAAAACCUUUCUAAACUUCUCACCUAAAAGUGCACCCUUCAGGGCACGUUAGCCUGUGUGUCCCUGUCUGACUGCAGCCUCCUGCAGCCUUCAGUAGUGAGAUCUGAACUUCGCUGGUCAGGUUGAAGACACUUUUCCUUUUUGUUUAAUACUGAGUAUUUAUUUUGAGAUGUUAAUUUUGGAGUCUUAGGUUUCUCUUUCAGAUCUAGAGCACAGUGAUCCGGGAAGCCCCAGCUGGGAAUCUUGUGUAUAUUUGUAAAUAUUUUGUAUUGCUUUAAUGGACUAGAACCUGCAGGUGGGUAACCUUUUCUAAACAACAGUUGAGUAGCUCUUCUUUUGGACAUUGGCAUUGUGUAACUGUUUACUUCCAGUCAAUAAACUUUAGUUUUGCACUGGC